UAUAAAAAUGACUUUAAAUUUUAUUACUGAUGGAGAAACAUUGAAUUCGAGUUCAGAUAGUGACAGUACAAAUCAGUCUUUAAUUAACGAAGAAAAUGUUUCUGAUGGAAGUGAAGAUGAUAUUAAUUCCUAUCCGUUUGUAUUUGAUGAGUCCAAAGAAAUACAUUACAAAAUUAAAUACAAACAAAUUUUUGAAGAAGACAUUAAUAUAAAUGAAGUUUAUAUUUUAAAUUUGGAUGCUCAAAAACUUGGACAAUCACUUAGAGUUGCAACAGCUCAUACUGAUCAUACUUGUAGGGUAUAUGGUAUUGAAGCAGGAAGUAAGUCUUUCACUGAAUGUUUAGAUCAUGAAGAUCAAAUUAUUGAUGUCAAAUUUGGUUCAAAAGAUUCUCAAAUUUCCUCUAUCGUAUUUACUGGAUCUGAUAAUGGGACCAUUAAACUAUGGGACUUACGUUUAAAAGAAAAAUGUAUAUCUGUUUUUAAAGAUGAAACUGAUGGUUCUCCGAAACCAAUAACAUGUUUUGAUGUAUCUUGUGAUGGUAGAUUCAUAGUAGCUGGAACAGAAGUGUUAAAAGAUGAUUCUUUCUUAUUAUUUUGGGAUAUUCGAACUACAAAUUUACUUGGUGGUUAUUGGGAUACUCAUUAUGGAGAUAUUACACAGGUUAGAUUUCAUCCCACUGAAGAUAAAACCAUAAUUAGUGGAUCUACUGAUGGCAUAAUUAAUUUAUUUGAUGUUACUCAAACAACUGAAAAAGAUGCACUCCAAUCAAGUUAUAAUACAAAUUCAUCAAUUUCAAAUUUAAGAUGGUUAAAAAAUAAAAAUGAAGAUUCAGUCAUAUCUUGUAUCACACAUACUGAAGAUUUACAACUAUGGUGCACAACUGAUUCUUCUCCAUUUUUAACUAUUCCAAGAGAUACAGUUAGUAGUUCAAUGAAUAUUACACCUGCUGGCUAUAACCAAGUAAUCAAUUGUCAUCAGACUGAUAAAAAUGGAAACAUGAUGUUGCUUGUUGGAAUUAAUUAUGGCAGAGGAGAACAUUUGCAAUCGCUUACCAUGACUGAUGGACCUGAGUUGUUACCUAGAACAGUAUUCAAAAAUAAUAAACAAAUUGUAAGAUGCAGUUGGUAUGAAAAAGAUAGUGGAUUUUUAGUAACUGGUGGCGAAGCUAAUAUAUUGAAUAUUUGGGUCCCAAGUGAUGAAAAUAAUUUAGAUACUACCCCUAACAAAAAUUCAUUAAAAAUAUUGCCAAAAAUAAGUUUGAGAAAUGAUACUUCUAAACCAUAUUAGUUAUAGUUUAUUAAUUUAUAUUAAAAGGAAUUUAAAAAAAGUGAAGUAUGAUGUUUUAAUAAAUUUAAGGUAUUUUGUAAAGUAUUUUUAUUUUUAUUACUGACUUAUCUUAUUCCUUGAAAAAAUGUAUGCCUUGAAUAAUAAUAUUGUACAGGGCUGUCCGGAAGAUGAAAAUAAAGGGUGAAUAAUAUGAAAAA